GAACCAGAACACAUCUGUGGUGAGCUUUUUCUCUUCACUGAAGUCUGUGAGGCUCAUCAUUACAUUCUCCCCUCUAGGAUGGAGAGAGUCAUGCAUGUGACUGUGGUAACUGCUGUCCUGCUGGCGGUGGGCAUCCUGAACGCCGUCUCAGCCCAGUCUCACACGGAAGAACUUCAGUCACUUUGUGAUGAUAUCGGAAAUGUUUCUUGUAGUGAGGGAUGGACCCGCGUUGAUGUCCAACACUGUGCUAAAUACUUCCAAACUCCAAAGUCCUUCGAUGACGCACAGGAACACUGCAACAGCACCGACAGUGUGCUGGUGGCAUUCAACACUCCAGAAGAGAUGAUGAAAGCCUCUUGUGUCACUUUACAUGACAACCCUGAUCUUGACUCCUUCCUGAUUGGAGUCAUAAGAUCCGCGGAGAAGUCCAUGGACGAUGAUGGAUUUGAUCUGAGUUUGAUCCAUGGUACCCUGGUCAGACGGACGAUGAUGGUGGAGAAGUCAACUGCGUUGUGAUGAACCCGGAAGACUGGGGACUCUGGAAAGAUGAUGACUGCGAAGAUCAGCAACAUUUCAUGUGCAUCAAGACAAUGUAAUCAUCACCUGCUGCCGUUUGCUUUCACAUGUGCUGCUGGUGGACCAGUCUCUUUCAUGAUAACCUGAAACACACAAGCUUCUUAACUUUACUGCAAUAAACGCUUCAGCAUACAAGUUC